AUGUCGCUGGCCGGCAUCGACGAGCAGGAACUGCCACCGGGCCCCAUUGCCCACGGCCACCACGCCAACGGCCACCACGCCGACGACGCCCCAGACGACGCCCCCGACAGCCCCUCCCCGGACGACUACUACAAGUCUGCCUGCCCGCCCGCACCCGAGCACGACGCUGCAAAGUCCCCGCCUGCCGUCCCGCCGUCCGACAUGAGCGUCACGCGCCCGCGACAGCACACGGCGAGCUCGAGCAACGUCCGCUCGCCGGCGAGAGGCGGGCCCCGGUCCGUGUCUGGCCCUGCAUCGUCGGUGGCCUCGUCGCGCUCGCCGCCGCAGACCUCGAACAAGGUCAGGGCGCUGACUGAGCGCUUCGAGCGCUCGCCGGGCAGCGAUGUGAUCCCCUCUGUCAUCCGCUCGCGCUCACGGGAGCCCACACGAGCUGGCGCCCACGACCCCGUCCGACGCCAGGCGGGCCCGGCAUGCCCGCCUGUCUUGGCUGCUCGACCGCCCAAGGAAGCCGCGUACGGCUCGUAUCAGUUCAAGAACCUCAAGCCGCGCGAACGGCCGCAGGCUGCGCCCACAUCGCCGCCACGGACCGCACGCCGCGCCACAAACGCGAGCCUUGUCAGCCGCAGCAGCAUCGAUCACACGCUCUCGCCUGCACGACACGCACGAGCAUCCUCGAGCGGGCGGCAGCUCUUCGGCGAGAUUGUCGGUGGACAGGAUGCGUCCCUUCCCGGAUUCAUGAUACCCACAUUCGCAAGCACGGCACGCGAGGAGGCUUUGCAGGCAGCCCAGGUGCCUCUGCCGCCCAUAAACGAUGCCCAAGACCUGGCAGGAGACGACGUGCAAUUGCCUGCGACCACGUUCAUCCCAGCCCAACACCAGCGCUCACAGAGCAAUGCCACGACAACCUCCACCAGACACAGACAGACACGACCAUCCUCACGAUCCCUGCACUCUCCACCACGACACUCACCACCUUCUCGAAUACCCAUCAUGUCGCAGCGCUCGCGGCGGUCGAGCAACGCAUCAGACGCCAGUUCCUCAGUCCGGUCAGUGAGGUACACGCCCACACGCAGCAACCGCUCUUCGCCCAACCGUGGUAUGACCAGGAAACCAGUUGGAGGAAGCACGCCCGUGAAAAGCAAUGGUGUCGACCAUGCAACGCUACCAGCGUUAGCCUACCGCGGAUAUCGAGAACGAGGGAAAUCGCCCGCAAGGACCGGUCCCAGCGUACCGGCAGUCGUGACUGCCCCACCUCCACCAGCCUCCCCGCGAUUGCGUAACUCAAGAGAAAGACAGCCCCUGCAAUCUCCCCAUGCGCACCCCAGAGCGGGCGACUCGCAUGGCGAGCACGAGUACUUUUCACUUGGCGACCAGCUCCACUCGAAACCGGACCCUUUGGCGAGCCAACCAGGGCUGUUUGACGGUGAAAGUGAAUCGCAGACCCUGGACUUCUCUUUCUCGCCCAGCUCUUUAGAAGAGAAUCAAAGUCCAUCGUCACGGCGCCAACAUUCGCUCAGCUUGCAAACAUUCAGCUUGGGCCUACCGCCACCGACGCAACCGUGGUCUGCAGUCACCGACUUUGAAGAGUCUCCAACUCUAGGCCUACCCGGAAGCUUUGUCCUGACCCCACCAGAGCCUCAGCAGGAGCCUGAACCACAGCUUCUCAGGCCAGCCGUUUUCCGCGCACAGAGCAGCGAGCAGGUUCCCGAAUUGCCUCCCAUCGAGGAAUCCAUACUGGGCGUGAGAGAGUCGAUACCGAUCAUGUUCAACGAUGAGCACCUGUCCGGAGAUAUCAAUGGUUUGCCUAUGUCCCAGCAGGAGGAAACACAGCGCGCUGUGCCUCCUAGGCGAUCGGUACAGGUGUAUGGGCACGAGACCUUGCUGCCCGCCCUUCACUUCAAGGGCGAGGACUCGCCUACGGAUUCUUUCCACGAUCGUGACUCGCUACAUCCAGACGACUCUAUCAGCGUUGCGCCGUACCGGUCUCAGAAGCCGAUGCACACCAAGAGCGAUACGUACAGCGUCAUCAACUCUGUGCUGAACCUGUACCACCAGUCGCCAGUCAUCUCACCAGAGCUAGCCUUGCUUUCCAGGCAAAGAGUCCAGCAGGUCUCGCCCGUCAUAGCCCAGCAUCAGGACUGGGCGUCAAAAGAGGCCACAGAGACCUACUUGGCGCGGAUACUGAGCGAUGCCAACGGGAUGCCGCGAGACAGUGCGCAAGAGCCCCCGCAUGAGAGAGAAGCUCUACCUCUCCUCACACCAAACGUGUAUCAAGCACGGAAACCCUCGCCAGAGUGUGCUAACCGGAUCCCGGCUUUUGUUUUCCCGCAAGAAUCACAAUGCUAUUCGCGCGGUUCGCAGGGCUCGGCAACCACACUCAUACAGGAGGAUGCAUCGCCGCCAGGAAGUUCCUUUGGCAACCCGUCCCAGGAUGCACUGCUGUCAAACGUAGCGCACGAUGACGCGGCUCCCUCGACAAACGGUCUAGACUUGCCGCAGCUUGCUUGGACCAGUAGCGGUCUCGGCUUGUCCAUGAAUAACUACAUGCCUCCUUCACCUACGGUCCCGUCACCCACCGCACAAGAACCCCCGCGGCCCGUGUACUCACCGCCGCCUCCACCUCCCGCAAAGAGCCUGGACGAGCUGCCGCCAAUCUCACCCUCGAUUGCAUCGUAUUCCUUUUCCGGACAUGCGAAGCCAUCCCCCGCGUCGCAGACGGACGAGCGCUUUGAGCAGCACCCCGCGCGUGCGCUCACGCCCGUUGGCAACAUGCAUGACAGGAACUACAGCGACAUACACAGCACACCAAGGUCCAUGGAAAUCAGCGACAAGCCGUUGCCGGAGAUUGACAUGGCGGAAGAGGAAACGCCAGCAGCACCUGAAGAGACGCCGCCAGACCCCGCGCGUCAGGCUUUGACGAAGCGCUACCGCAUCCUCGAGGAGAUGCUGACAACAGAGCAUCAAUUCUGCAUCGACAUGAUGAUCGCUCAUAACAUCUUCGAGGCAACGGCUGGCAGCAUCAUGACGGAGAAGGAAAAGCGAGCUCUCUUCAGCAACUGUAAAGACCUUGAGAAGUUCUCUCUCUCAUUGUUUAGAGCUUUUAAAAAGGCGGCGAAGCCUAUCGUCAACCACGAUAUGCCGCCUCCGACAGGGCCUUGGAGUCGCGACUCAACUGACUCCAAGUCUUUCGGCUCUGCAGAAUUGCCUGCAAACCUUCGCUCGGACGAGUUCAAUCAGUUUGAGAACUGCACUCUGGAGAAUGAUCACCAAACGUCGAUUGGCAACGUGUUCCUCGAGAACCUGGAAAAGAUGGAGCGGCUGUAUACGACUUACUACCUCAACUCGCAAAACCAGCAUGCGUACAUUAAGAAGAACCAGAGCAACCCGGAACUUACUGGAUGGGUUGUUGCGUGUUUCGAACAAGUCGAGAACAUGACCCAAGCCUGGGACCUGGACUCUCUCCUCGUCAAGCCGGCACAACGUCUACUAAAGUAUCCAUUGUUACUCGAGUCGCUUGAGCAAUGUACCGAUGCCGACCACCCAGAUCUGGUCAACAUCACGAAAGCGCGACUCGAGCUUCUCGCCAUCAGUGGACGCAUCAACGAUGCCAAGAAGCGCGCAGACACCUUCCGUGCCGCGACCUCGGAAGGCAAGAAAGAGAAGAGCAAAGGCAAGGGGCUUGGCAAUGCUUUCGUCAAGGCCUUCAUUCCCAAGGCAGACAAGACAAAGACCUACGACGAAGCCGAGAAGACAUUCAAGGACAUGGACUACAAGUCUCGCGAACAGAAGUUCGGUGGCCACUUCUUCCAGCUUCAGAUCGUCAUGCGCGAUUUCGAAAACUACUUGGACUCGAUCACCGAGCAUUACCUCCAACUCAACAUCGUCUUUCUGGGAUUCAUCACCGUAUGCGAGGUUGCUCCGUCUGUCAAUCCUGAAAUCGAAAGCACAUGGCGCAAAUGGGCCAUGGCUCAUUUCGAGCUCCAGAACAAAGCCCUGGAAGAUCACAAAGCUGCUGUUCGCAGUCGUGUGCUCAAACCAAUCUCAGAUCUGUGGGAGAUGUGGGUAUCGUAUCAGAAGACCAUAGAACAGCGCAAGAAGCUGCUGAUUAACUACGUCAAACACAAACAGGCCGUCGAACGUGGCGAGAAGCCUGACCCUGAGACCGUGGCGUACGCAGAACGAUUCACUACCAUCAACGAUACCCUAAAGCUGGAGCUACCGAUGCUGUACGACAAGACAAAGGCCGUCAUGCGAAGUGUAAUGACGCUCUUCAUGGCCCUGCAGAAAGAUUGGUACAAGACGUGUUCGAAGAAGAUUCUUCCACUCUUGGAAACGGAGCCACAGCAUACUACGUCUAUAGACUACGACCUGAAGGCGUACGUGGAACGCUUCAAGUCCGACUACAACGUGCAAGAGCAGCGGGCGAGGAGCUUCGGGAUCACCAACAGCCAACGCUUGUUGCAGGAGAUUUCAAGCAUGACUUCUCCGAUACCGUCUGAUGGCGCUGGCUCAGCGCGCAACUCUCAUUCUCGCCGCACAGAGUCGAUGAGCAGCGAGGCCUCUGGCUUCGACCCGCGUAACCGUCAUAGUGGCGGAUACAGCUCGCGGUCGAACAUGCGUUCCAUGGAUGGACCUCCGCGUUCCUUACCCGCAGGCCCGGCGUAUACCUCGCUCUACCAGAACACAAGCGCCUCGUCACGCAACAACUUCGGGGCUGUCUCCUCACGCGAGGCAGCAAAAGCACUCAGUCCCGUGUCUGACAACAGCGACACAACAAUGGUCCGCCACCAAGAACGACGCAACUCGGCGCGAUCUAGGAACCACAACUAUCUGGGCAUGGAUGGCGUUAUUGACUUUGAUGAUCGCUCGUCGUUUGGGGCGGGCAUCUUCGACUUCCCGCCCCAACUAGGCGCUUCUUUCCUCUCGCCGACUCAGUCGAGCAUGCUCACCAUGUCUGCGCCUAGCUCACAACCACCCUCACUCCCAGGCUCGACACGUCAGUCCGGUGUCUUCAACUCGGCCCUGCCGAUGUCUGACACACCGAUGCGCAGCAGUGCUGAAGACCUCCCCAUCACUCCUGGCGACACCGACGAGCCAGAGGUUCUUUUCCUGGCAGCAAGUCUCUUCGAGUUCAACAUUGCGCACGACCGCCGCGAAGGCGGCAUUCCCUACCUCGUUUACGUUCCCGGCGAGAUUUUUGACGUCAUCGGCAUGAAGGGCGAGUUGUGGCUGGCACGCAACCAAGACGACGCGACAAAGACGGUUGGCUGGAUCUGGGAGAAGCACUUUGCGCGUAUCCUCCCCGAAGACGCUUGAUCUAUGGUAUGUCCCUGCAAUUUGAAGUUUUCUUGCAGGGCCGCCAACCCUUUUCCUUCCUGUUUACUGUUCUUCUCUCCCUCGAGCUUCUCUUGAUCGAGGUUCGACGAGUUUCCAGGAGGUUCAAAUUUCGACUUUCAAAUUCUCCACAUAGGCUAGGGCGGGUUUGGCGCACACAGGGUUGGUUGGAAAGUCUGGGCGAUCAUAAGCAUUGCUGGCGCAAUUUCUUGCUAUGUAUGAACGAUUGGUGGGCUGGGCGAGAAGGGAUGUAGCAUGGCUUUGUGGGGUGUAUGAUAUCGGCAACAACACAACGCAUUCUACGAUGUUCACA